GUUUCCAUUGUGUACAGUGAAGUUUCUCUCGGACUUUGGGACCCGCAGAACUUACGUGUUACUGAACAUCUCGGCAGAGCCGCGAUCCGGCACACAUGGACAGGACGGGGGGCGUAGGCACGGGUCCGAGUGCAGCCUCAGAAGGGGGCGAGAGCACACUGAAUGGGGAGGGCCCCUCAGAACCCGGAUCGGCCGUCGGCAGGCAACUCAGCGAACCGGGUCGCUUUGCGUUCGCUGCGCUCUGUUCUGUGUCCUUGGGGCAGCUCUUUCAAGGAGCUGAGCACAGGUGCUUCCGGGAGCAGUACCUGCAGGGCUUGGUGCAGUGGCUCGGACUGGAUGAGUCAGUCCUGCCUGUCAUGGGUGCCUUCCUGGCGGGCCUCGGCAGUGAGGGCAGUGACACCUUCCACUCCGUACUGCAGGGCGAGCAGCUCCUGAGGCCCGUGGCCACGCCCAUUGUGCAGGAUCUGGUGUCCUUCUCCCUCAAAGACGGCCAGUAUGAUGCCCGAGCCCGGUUCCUGGUCCGACACGUUGCCUGCCUGUUCCGCGUGCCCCCUCAGUAUCUGGAGGAGUAUGAGGAGACUCUGGGAGAGCGCCUGAGGGGACAGGAAACGGAGGAAACUGAGGAGGAGUUGUCCCGGCAACGCAGGAAGGAGAGAGGAAGGAAGCUGCGCCGCUACUUGCUCAUCGGUCUGGCAACCAUAGGAGGGGGCACCGUGAUUGGUGUCACAGGUGGACUGGCCGCCCCUCUGGUUGCCGCGGGAGCCGGGGCGGUGCUGGGAGCAGGCGGGGCGGCGGCGCUGGGGUCGGCAGCAGGCAUCGCCAUUAUGGCCUCCCUGUUCGGGGCCGCAGGGGCUGGCUUGGCGGGCUACAAGAUGAACAAGCGAGUGGGAGCCAUCGAGCAGUUUGAAUUCCUGCCUCUGAGUUCUGGGAAGCACCUCCAUGUCACUGUGGCUGUGACAGGCUGGCUGUGCAGCGGCAAAUACAGUUCAUUCCAGGCCCCCUGGAGUAGCCUUGGCCCUUGUGGGGAGCAGUACUGUCUUGUGUGGGAGUCCCGUUUCCUGCGGGCCCUGGGCUCUGCUGUGGACUCCCUCCUGGAUGGGCUGGUCAGCAUGGUGGCCCAGGAGGCCCUCAAGUACACGGUGCUGUCAGGCAUCGUGACAGCACUCACAUGGCCUGCCUCCCUACUGGCAGUGGCCAGUGUCAUCGACAAUCCCUGGGGGGUGUGUCUGAGCCGCUCAGCCGAGGUGGGUAAACACCUGGCCCAAGUGCUGAGAAGUCGGCAGCAGGGGAAGCGUCCUGUCAGCCUGAUUGGCUUCAGCCUUGGAGCAAGAGUCAUAUAUUUCUGCCUGCAGGAGCUUGCCAAUGAAAAAGGCUGUGAAGGUAUAGUGGAAGAUGUUGUCCUCCUCGGAGCACCGGUGGACGGCUCAAGCAAGCAGUGGGAGAAACUCUCCCAGGUGGUCGCUGGAAGGAUAGUCAAUGGAUACUGCAGGGGGGACUGGCUUCUCGGCUUCCUCUACCGCAGUUCUUCGGCCCAGCUAUCUGUCGCAGGGCUCCACCCAAUCAGUCUGAACGAUCGCCGCAUGAUUAAUGUGGACCUGUCAUCUGUGGUGAAAGGUCAUCUUGAUUACAUGCGUCAAAUGGAGACGAUCCUUGUGGCAGUAGGAGCGCCGACCCGGGCGGGAGCAGCAGGCCUGACCGGGCAGCCGCAGCUACAAGUCAUUGAACAAAAGAACGCUGACCAGAACAAAUCAGACAAAGAGGACAGAGCUGCCAGCAAAAGUGGUGUGGAGUGCGGAGGUACAGCGGAGGAACAAGUGCCCUUUGUUGGAGAAGAGGGCUCUGGUUAUUCCAUGGACAGCAGCGGAUUUGACUACCCUGGGAAGGAUGGGAUGAAGGACAGAGAGAAGGGUACAGAGGAUGGAGAAAAGAGGCAGUGCACUGAUGGGUGGGAUAUCCCUGACAUCUCCAAUCUGUUAGAUUCUUUGAAUGAUGUGGACACUGCUACACAGCGAUGCCCUUUAGGCAGUGUGACUGACGGCCUUGAACAGAAACCUGUGUACAGGAAUGGUCCUGAGGCACUGGAGGCUUCUUUAGGACAAGACGGAGUAGAGAGUAAAGACUAACUCUGAGCACACUGUGUGGAACUGAGAGUCGGAGCAUGGCCACGCUGACUGCGGACCAGCUUAAGACCAGCAGAACACUUGUGAUUCCUCUGGAAGGCAACAGAAAGAGAAUCUGCUGAAUGCAGAGAGGAACUCGGCAUCCGAGCUGUCCUUCCCCAAAAGCAGUAUGAAAGAGACGGUUGUGGACUCAGGUGACAAUGCUGCGUAGACACGCAGAAGCAUCAUGAUAUUGUCUUCACUUGAAGGUCUGACAGAUCCAGAUCACUUGAAGUUCUAAUUGGUAUUUCUCAGAUUUAACGCCUUAAAAUAACUGCAACUGUAAAAUAAAA